GACAAACAGAAUCGCUUGGCAGCAUCUUUCUUCUGGGACAAGAAUCGGAAGGGCGCAGGACUUGCUUCGAUUGAACACUUUCCCUCUACUCUUGCGCGUCAGCUUGCCUUGUUUAAUGCCGAGUAUGAGGGUCUUCUUGUCAGUCGACUCCGACAGCCUUCAUUAUUGAAGGGUGUUCUUGGCUCCGCUCAGGAGAAGCAAAUGAGAGCUUGGGUUAUUGAACCCAUGCGCAAACUCUUAUCUUUGGGUGAGGGGCACCUCGUCAUCAUUUUGGAUGGACUGGACGAGUGUGGGGAUCAGGAGGAACUUGAGUCCUUAAUGAAGCUAGUGCUUUUCCUUGAUGAGCUGCCGGCCGCGUUUUCGGUGUUGGUCAGCUCUCGGCCAGAGUCAUCCGUGGUGUCAGCUUGGGCUCGAGCUCGGGCUCAGGGUCUUGUCAUCCCAUAUGAAGAUGUGGACAUUGUCACUGAGGAAGAGAAGUACAACACUAUCCACCACAUGGUGUCGGAAGGCCUCCAGGGUUGCAUCGAUAAGUCUUCUUGGAAACCAUCCGAAGAAGAUGUCGAUGUAUUUGUCUCAGCAUGUCGUGGACUGCCGAUUAUUGCUUCAAUCCGAGUCCGGGAUGUCUCCAUUCGAACUCGUCGUGGUGCAACCCUUCGAUCCGAGUUCAAAUACUUCCGUGACCUUAUCAAUGCCCCUGUUGAUGUCAAUUUGGAGUACCUGCGCAUACUUCGCCGUGCCUAUAUAUUCGACUCAUCUGGAGUUCCUCCACAUAUAGCGGAGAACUAUCGCCAAGUGGUUGCCACAAUCAAUGUGGCAUUUGAGCCACUGAGUGUGUUUUCCAUGUCUCAGCUAUUAGGAAUUGCUGAGGAAGAGGUCUUAGCCAUAUUGGAUCCAAUUAGCUCAAUUGUCAGUUUUUAUGAAGAAAGUGGUUUGGAACGUUCCUCGCAAACUUCCUCAGAGGACCCAAAGGGUGUCAAAUUCUAUCAUGCAACGAUGAAAGAGUUCAUUGCGGGGGAUCCGAUUGGUAACGAGAAUGACAAAGUAUUCUUUAUCAAGGAUGUGAAUAAGUAUUUCCUCGGACCACGGCUCCUCCGAUUAUUCAAUAAAAGUUGUGAGCGGGAUGUGUUUGGGGAGCCUGCCAUUCUCCCUUUAGGAGAUGAACAAAAAUGGGACGAUUUUAUGGAGAGAGAACUUGAUCGCCCCCAGUAUCUCCGAUAUACUCGUCGACAUUUAUUGAAACACUUAGAUCCCUCAGAGCUCUUUGCACAAGGGUCCAAUUUGCAGAACGAGUUUAAUACAUUCCUCACGCGAAACUUGGUUACAUUUAUGCACCUGGCCUCAUUCGAUGAAUUUAACAAGGGAUUCCCUGAUGGAUUUGAUGAAUUCAAGAAUUGUGAUUCAUUCAAACUUUUGAAAGAAGCUCGAGAAAAGGAAUUUGUGGAGUAUCUGUAUACAAUUUCCCCAUUUCCAUGGCACCUCCAUCGGUCGAUCCUUCCUUUCACCCCAUCCUCAUCGCCUUUGUACAAACUCUAUGGCCACCUCUCCGAUCCCAUCCAGAUCUUCACCAUUUCUGGUGAGUUUUCUGGGCACAGAAUCCCAUUGAGUGAGGAUUUACUCAAUGCUCGAAUGGUCAUGGAGGGGAAGCUACCUAAUUUGCCGAAGGAGGUGGUUAGUGAGGCUGUUAGUGAGGGUGUUGAGAUCAUUGAUUAUGAUGCCCAAUUCAACGACCUUGACGUUCGUAACGGUAUUGUGACAUGUGCAGCGCUCUCCCUUGAUGGUUGCCAUGUAGCACUUGGUUUUGGUAGCGGUGUCAUUGAGCUUGCUGAUAUCGACCAGCAGCACACAAUUUCCCGAUUCCAGCUCAAUCCGCCCAACCAUCCAGUCUGGAUUGAAUUUGUUCAUGGCAGCCACCAAGUCGCUGCUGAGGAUAACAAGGGAAACAUCACCAUCCUUAGACACAAUAUGGACCCCAUCAAUCUUGGUACUCUUCCCAACAGUUCUCCUCCUGUAACUCAAGCAUCAGAUAAUGGAUUAUUUAUCAUACGGGUUCCACGGAACACUGAUAGCUUCUGGUACGACAGCCUGACUCUCAUAUCCAUUUUGGGUGACCCACACACGCAGCACCUCUCACCCCCUUCUUCCGAUAAUUUCACUCCAACUUCCAACCCUCCUAUCUUAGCCUCCGAGUCCUCUACUUCAUCCUCUACAUCCAUUUACUCAGAUGAUGUCAUACUCGCUAUUCCUCACCGUCGCACGCUUGGGUUUUCUCCAGGAGCACGCUAUAUCGGUGCUUUCGAUGGCCUCAGCGCUUUUACAUGGUCGACAGAUUCAGAAGGUGGAGCAGCAGAUCGACUUCAUCCCAAAACAGACAUGGGACAUAACUCGGACGAGUCUUGGAUUAAGUGCCCAUUCUAUGUUCUCUUGCAAAGUGAAGGGGAUAGGUGGGAGAAAUAUGAGGAGAGACGGCAGGGGUUUAAAAUCCAUUCAUCCGCUGCCGGAAGAACUCCGCUGUUUGGAACCGAUAUGAAACACCUUGGGUUACCAGUCUUCUUCAAUGGAAAAUUAGAAUUCAUUGUUCCUAAGGAGUAUCAACCAAUUGUUUCCUCUGGUGCCAAAGAUCUACGUGCUUGGUAUGGUGAUCAAGUGCCAUCUGAUCCUACCGUUCUGUACAGCCCUCGAUCCAGCAAAGAUGGGACUCAAAUCCUCCUCCAAGGCCGGCAGACAGCUCCAAUCGUUAUUGAUCUUAGCCAAGUCAUUUAGGAUGUUAUAUUUACUUGUUCGUCCUCAAGCUCGAAUGUUUUUCUCACAGAAUUGGAAUUGUGGAACAAUGAACCAACGGAGUGAGCAGGCCCCCCAUUAGCAUGCACAGAGGUCGCUUCACCCUACCUGCAUCCGUGACACUAUGACUGUGCCUUGCACAUUCUAUCUGCUGUUCAAGAUCGAGGGGGGGAAGCGUCAAGUUUCGCUAGGUCGUCCUUUCAUUCUUCUGGACUUCCCCUCUCCGACUUUCCCUCUCCCUAGGAUGCAGUAGGCAUG